CGCGAGAUUUCUCUUCGAGGUCGCAGCGUAGGGAAUGCCGGGAAGGACGGCCACGGUGAUGCGUGUAGAAGAGCAACUGGUAAGUACAGGAUACACUGUGGCAGUACUUCUCCGAGCGUACGUAGACGAGGACUUGACGACGAGUGACUGCAGACAACGAGCUAGGGAUUUGAUCCACAAGCGUAGAGCUGAUGUACUGGCGCGAGUGACGUUCCACACCUCGAUUUCCUAUGAUGUGAUGAUAUGGUCUCAUGGUUAUAUGCGCGCGGAGCACUACCACGAUGAGACGGUAGCGGAGGCUAGAGUGAGGAUGAGAGGUCUUGGUAGGGAAGUUAAGGAAGCUCGACCGAAGGAUGGGAAAUGGACUACGUACAAGAAGAACCUCGUUGAGCUUUACAAAUUGAAGGAUAACAAGUAUUCCAUCAAGGACCUUGAAACAAUGACUCAAGAUGAAGAUGAGAGCGUACGGGCAUUUGGGAUGCGUUUCCAGAAAAUCUCUGACGUGCUGCUGAAAAAGGGGAAGAUCUCAGAGGUCAAGCGUUGUACUAUCUUCAUCGGACACUUGUCCAAAGGUAGGCAAAAAAAUAUACUUAGAGAUCUUCCGCGCGACGGGCUUGAUUUCCCUGAAGUCCUAAAGCUCGCGAUAAAGGCGGAGGCAGACGAUUACAAGGACUUGGUGUGGAGAGGGAUGAGGAGACGUGMCUUCUCUCUCUACAAGGAGUAUGCCACUGAUAGAUGUCCURAUUUCAAGGACUAUCCCUKGUCGGAGAAGAAUGAGGCCGUGGCAGAGGAAGUGAAAGAGAUACGGGACAUGGUGAAGGGAUUGACGAGACAGGUUACAGAGAUUGUGACCACUACAGGGGCCACGGCCUACCGGGACAAACGUGGAGGGCCUUAUUCACUUCGCUGGGACCGUAGGAACAACGAUUCCUCGAGGAGUGUCGAGGAUAUAAAUCCCCGGACGCUGACUGAUUAUCGUAUGAGGGGAAGAGAGAGAGACGAUGAAUCAUGGCGAUGUAGGGACGAUGAGAUAGACCGAGACCGCAGAGAUCGCGAGCUGUUUGUGCGAGCAAGGAGGCUAGAUGAUUACCCCCGAAACCCUCGCUAUGAGGCCGAUCGGGGUAGAGGCGACUCCCGCGGCCGAUGGGAGACAGAACAGGGCCGACGAGAUGGAUAUAGGGACGACAAAUACGAGAGAUCGGACCGAGAUGGAUAUAGGGACAACAGAAACGAGAGGUCGGGUCGAGAUGGCUACAGAGGAAGUAGAUAUGAGAGAGGAGAUCGAGACUGGGAACGACAAGAUGGGUCGCGCGGACGGUUUGAGCGCGGGGGAGAUGCGAGAGAGCAGCGCGACGACUCGCGGGGAUGGUACAACCGGGGGGACCGACGCGAUGAGUCACGAGGACGAUAUGACUCGGGGGACCGCCGGAAUGAUUCGCGAGGGCGAUAUGAGCAAGGAGGGUCUGGAGGAGACCGGCGCAACGAUUCGCGUGGUCGGAAUGAGAGAGGGGGAUAUGGCGUCUCAUCAGAACCAUGUCCCAAGUCGCCUGACCCCAAGGCGGCUAGGAAUUCGAUCUCUAGAGGCGUAGAUGACAGGGCAUCUACUCCCAGGAACUCAUGCAUCUACUGUAGAGGAGAAGAUCAUAUCAAGAGUGAUUGCCCGGACCUCAGACGGGCAAGAGAUGAGGGACUUGUCGUGCUUGACGACCGCAAGUACGUCAAGUGGGCAGAUGAUCUAGGAGAUGUAUCGAUGUUUCCUUCGAUGAAGGAGAAUGUCGAAGCAAGGAAAAUUAAGACGAGUAAAGGAAUGGAGCCGGUCAGGAGCCAGAGCAUCAAGAUAAUCUUUGAGGGGGAUACCGCGACCACACCCAUAAGGGUGGCAGCCACCAAGUCGGCAAGAGGGUCUACAUCGAAGAAGACUGACACGGAUUACGUGAUGACGGAGAAGGACGGGCAGCGGGUCGAUGGAGAGGAGGUUAUCCUUUAGCCGCGAAAGAGGGGAGUGAAGAAGUUCUUAAUGAAGAGUUCGCUGGACG